GCGAGUCAGCGCACCAGACUAUUGGCCGACGGAUUGUUAGACACCCAGAGAGCGAGAGAGACACCGCCGGGAGUGCAUGAACCCGACUAUUAACUUCAAGCUCUGUUUACUACUCUUAGUCGGGCUACGUUAGAUAACGAUGAGUACAUCAGAGUCCUUGGACCGAAUGGAGCUCUGUGAAAGCCUAUUGACAUGGAUCCAGACAUUUGGAGUGGAGGCGCCAUGCAAGACAGUGGAAGACUUGACGAGUGGCAUCGUCAUGGCCCAAGUUCUGCAGAAAAUAGAUGUUGUAUAUUUCAAUGACGCUUGGAUCAGUAGAAUAAAACCAGAGGUUGGCGACAACUGGAGGCUAAAGAUCAGCAAUCUGAAGAAAAUUCUGAAAGGCAUCCUCGACUAUAACCAGGAGAUCCUAGGCCAGCAUAUCAACGAUUUCACAUUACCCGAUGUUAACCUCAUUGGAGAACAUUCUGACGCAGCAGAGCUCGGCAGGAUGCUACAGCUUAUAUUGGGCUGUGCUGUCAACUGUGAACAGAAACAAGAAUACAUCCAGACCAUAAUGAUGAUGGAGGAGUCAGUGCAGCACGUUGUCAUGACAGCCAUCCAAGAACUGAUGAGUAAGGAGACUCCAGUGACGGGAGGAAAUGACUCAUACGUGGAUCUGGACAGACAGCUUAAGAAGACAGCAGAGGAACUGAAUGAUGCUUUGGCAAGCAAGGAAGAGAUCUCCCAAAGGUGUCGUGAGCUUGACAUGCAGGUGGCAGCCCUGCAAGAGGAGAAGAGCAGUUUGCUAGCAGAAAACCAGGUCCUGAUGGAGAGACUUAACCAGUCUGACUCCAUAGAGGAUAUAAACAGCCCUGCUGGACGCAGACACCUUCAGCUUCAGACACAACUUGAGCAGCUGCAGGAGGAAACCUUCAGGUUGGAGGCCUCAAAAGAUGACUACCGGAUCCGUUGUGAAGAGCUUGAAAAAGAACUCCUGGAUGUAAAGUCACAGAAUGAAGAGCUUGUCUCUCUGGCUGAUGAAGCCCAGUCUCUCAAGGAUGAGAUGGAUGUCCUCAGGCAUUCUUCAGACAAAGUGUCAAAGCUGGAGGGCACAGUGGAACACUACAAGAAGAAAUUAGAGGACAUGGGACUCCUCAGGAGACAGAAUAAGCUUAUGGAGGAGAAGAACACAGUGUUAAUGCAGACCAACAUCGGUUUGGAAGAAGAGCUACGAAAAGCGAAUGCUGCCAAGAGCCAACUGGAGACAUACAAGAGACAGGUGGUUGAACUUCAGAACAGACUGUCAGAAGAAUCCAAAAAGGCCGACAAGAUGGAGUUUGAGUACAAACGUGUCAAAGAGAAAGUUGACUCUCUGCAAAAGGAAAAGGAUCGUAUGCGGACAGAGAGAGACUCUCUGAAGGAGACUAUUGAGGAGCUCCAUUGCGUCCAAGCCCAGGAGGGACAGCUUACAUCAGGUUUGUUCCCAUUGGCCAGCAACGACGGUUCUGAUUCACUGGCUGCUGAGAUCACCACCCCAGAGAUUAGAGAACAUUUGAUUCGUCUUCAGCACGAGAACAAGAUGUUGAAGCUGGCCCAGGAGGGAUCAGACAAUGAGAAGAUUGCACUUUUGCAGAGUCUACUGGAGGAUGCCAACAGAAGGAAAAAUGAACUUGAGACAGAGAACAGGCUAAUCAAUCAGCGUCUGAUGGAGGAACAGAGUCAGGUGGAGGAGCUACAGAAGUCUCUUCAAGAACAGGGUUCCAAAGCGGAUGAUUCUUCCAUUCUGAAGAAGAAAUACGAGGAGCACAUGGAGAAACUACGAGAGUUAAACAAUGAGUUACUGAAGAAAAAUUCCUUCAUUGACGAAAUGGAGCUUAAACACAACACCUGCUCCCAACGAGUGGACGAGCUUGAAGAGGCUUUGAAAAAGAAAGAUGAGGACAUGAAACUGAUGGAGGAGAGAUAUAAGAAAUACCUGGAAAAAGCCAAGAGCGUGAUUCGAACCCUGGACCCCAAGCAGAACCAGGGUUCAGGUCCAGAGGUCCAGGCCCUGAAGAACCAGCUGCAGGAAAAGGAGAGGAUGUUGCACUCAUUGGAGAAAGAGAUGGACAAGACAAAAGGCCAGAGAGAUUAUGAGGAGAAACUGAUUGUGUCAGCCUGGUACAAUAUGGGUAUGUCUUUGCAGAAGAAGGCGGCUGAGGACAGACUUGCCAACACCGGCUCCGGUCAGUCCUUCUUGGCCCGGCAGAGACAAGCCACCAGCGCACGCCGCUCCUAUCCAGGCCAUGUCCAGCCAGCUACCGCAAGGUAGAUGGCUGCAGGGCAGAAAAAUACUGCAACAAACUACCUUAACAAAUCCCUUGAACUUUCAUACAGUAGAUGUGCCUUUUUUUUAAGGCACUCUAUUUCCAUUCAUUUCUAAUGGACGUUCUUGUUUCCCUGCAUUCUGCCUAUUGAUUUUCUUUUGUUUUUCUUCUUGGUCAGAUCCAUGAGGUAGAGAUACCAGGCAAGGCUGCCCAAACCACUUUUUUUCCAACUAAGCAGAUUUUACCCUUACCUGUGAUGCCAGGCUUUUACCCUUUUCACUCUCCAGCACAUUUGAUAGGGUCUGAUUAAUCACCCCAGACACCCUCUCUUCUUCCCUGUGAACCACUGACUUUAAUCAGCCUGUACUCUGUGGCAGAUGUUUGCCAGGCAGGUGACCUGGACCCCAAGGCAAAGAAGAAUACACACCCUCUUCACAAGUUACUGUCAUUUUUGUUUAGAGGAACCUCUUUGUCUGCUAAUGCAGUAUUUAUGCACAUCUCUACCUGUGAUAGCAUUUGAAGUUCAGCUUGUUUUUUGACCAGAGUUGUUGGAUUUACAGUUUUAACUCUUAAGCUGUAGCUUUCAGCAGCAAUGUCACUGCAUGACUGACACACCAAUGAACUGGCCAAGCCUGGUGUGGCCUGGCCCGGCCUGUCUUUGGCCAACAGUUGGCCAGGCUGAGGCACACGAUGCAUGAACUACCUGCCUGCCUACUUUUUGCAUGACUUUGCAUUGACUCGAGCCUGCGAAUAACCAGCACAGCAGCGGCAGCAGCAUGAGCACUAACAACCCUCUGCAGUGUCAUGCGUUGUAACCUCCAGAUAAGCCUGAGGAGGGAUGGGGUCAGGAAAGCAAACCUUCACCCUUCUGCUCCCAAUUAAACUCCUUUCUACCCCUCCAGUUCCCUAUUCCUCAUGUUCUCCUGUUCUUUGUUAUGCACUCCAUUGCCCUGUUUCCCUCCCCUUCCCUGUUCUCAGUCUUCAUGGACAUGCCUGCUUGUGCUUCCACACCACAUCAAGUCUGUUACAAUUCAACCUGUUACAAAUACCUAGGAUGGAGGCAGAAUAUUGCAGUACAUACUCAAGCAGUUUGUCUGUUAAUAAGCCUUUUUAUGUAAUCCUUGCGUGUAUUUUUUUCAUUUGCUUGCUUCUUCAGGAUACCUCAGUGACAUAAUUUCACCUAUCUGUUUCUAUCGACAUGGUUGGAGGGGAGUUUGCAUCAGUGUGAGAGAAAUAUUUGAGAGGUGUAACUUGCUUAGUCUGCAUAACAAAAAAAGCAGUCGGCUCCCCUGUAAACUUUUAAGUAUUUAUCUCCUGCAGUGGUUCUGCCCAGCCUCUCUAAACAUGUGGCUAGAUGGCAUCUGUAGAAGUGGUUUUAUCUCAAGUAUUAGUGAGUACAACAUGUUUUGGACUAAAUAAUAAAGCCUAUGGGGUAUUACUGUGUUGCCCUGUAGGCAUUUGGACAGUUUGCGGUCUGAGCAUAGGAUGGCAAAAUAACUUCUUUUUUUUUUUUUUUUUUUUUAAUGAAUAACAUUGUUACAGAUAUGCUUUUAUUUACGAUAAAAGCCCCCAUUAAGCCUAUUUGCAAUUUUUGUUCAGCUUGAAUUAAAUGUGUGUUUAGUGUCUUAUUUUCCAUAAAAUGCACAUUUGAUAGAAUUUUUAUAUAGUGUCUCUUAUGUUGGCUGUAGUGUUAUUUGUCUAAGUAGCGAAUAACCCAUCAUCUAAUUGAGCCAAAAACAAUUUGAUUGAUUCACCUCAAAAAGUAUUGGAAAAGUAAGUAUAUGAACUUGUUCAUUAGCUCAUGUAGGCUAAUGCACUGCAUUUGGUUGGAUUCAAAGGGCCAGCCGUUUUAAAAUGAAGAAAGGGAAACUGUUCGGUAAUAUCUAAAGAUCCUGUUGUUCACAGGUCAAACAUUCAUUCAAUAUAUAUUCGAAGUUUACACCACACAGUUUAUAGUAAUCCUGCAUGUAUUUCACAGUAUUUCAGUGUUUUGCUAGUACACCUUCAUACAUGAUAGUAUCAGUAACAGGGAAACUUAAGUUGGUGUUACUGUUACAUAUUGUACAUAUUGUGUAGCUUUUUAAAUAAAUUUGUUAUUUAAAUUUUAUUUCCAGAGCUUAUUAAUAUUGUAUUAACACAAUGGGUGAGAAAGACUAAAAGAAAAACCUAAACCCAAGGGUAUAUGCAUUCUAUAGGCAUAAGUGCAUAUAUUUUUCUAAGGAGAGAGAGAGAUGGUUGAAUCCUCCAAUUUAGUGCCUUUAUUUUAAAAAAAUAAGACUGGCUGGUCUUAAACCUUAUAGCAGCGAGGCAUGCCGUCUUUUAAGACCAGUCUUAUUGUGUUAUUUGAAAAGAGAAAAAAAAUUAGAUGAGUUUUAAUCUCAUUCACGUGAAAAAAAAUUGACAAAAAUUAGUAUUGUUGAGAUUAAUUAGGCUUAAUGAGGGCUUUUUUGUUUUUAAACUAUUUUAUUCAUAAAUGUUAUAUUGUGUAACCUUGGUUUAAUUCAUGCCGUGCAUUUUUAUCUUAAUGGCUUAUUUAUUCUUUUGCCGCUUGUACAGCAGUGUUGUUACUUUUUUUUAUUAAUAGUAUUAUUAUAUCACCACUUAUACUGUUACAAUUGAUGUUAAGAAUUCAUACGACAUCAAAAUACUGUUAAAUACGUGUCUUAUGCAAGAAUAGGCGGAGAUGGUUUUGAAACAGCGUAGCAGUUGUUUCCAUGUAAUGACAGUGGUGUCUCAGAUCAGUGUAAAAUGGGGAAAACUCAUGGAUUAACCUCCUGUCUUUUCAGGACUGGGAGUUUUUUAGAAAGUGACUUUGCUAAGAAAGUGGUCAUGUUUGAAAAUGAAUAUUUUCUCAUUGACAAAAAAAGCACAUUUUACACUGUUAAUUCACUGAAUAUUUGGUGAAUUUAUGGUUACUCUGCAAUUGAUCAUAUUUCCAGUGUUUUAGUGAUACCAACAAAGGCUGGUAUUGCGUGUGGGGGGAAAAGGCUCAUUAGAUGUUGCUUAUGCAAAUCUUAUUGCAUUAAAAUGAAGUUAGCGCAUGAGUUGGGUUAAGUUGGCGAAAUAACGAUAAAUCAGAUUCUACAGAAGUGGGUGGAGAAAAAACAAACUUUUGCAGUAUAUUUGCAAAAGUAAAGAGAUGCCAUGUUCUGUCCAGUUAUCUUCUUGUCCUCUCAACAUCUGUGCUUUAUAAACCAUCGACCGUCAGUUUGAGCUGUAAGCUAUAGUAUACAGAACUCUUUUAGCCGUCCAUCUCCAUCGGUCUUUGGUUUGGUGAGAAAUCUGUAUAUAAUGGAAUGCAUCCACAUUGUGGUUGACCCGUUUAAAUGUAUAUCAGGGACAUUGGGGAUACAUUAUUGUUAUUUAAUGUCACCAUUCAUGCCCCAUCUAGUCAGCCACUGUAUUUUGUUGCUCCAUUUUACUGGCAAAUAAUGAGAUACUGGCAGAAAGAUUGUCACAGGUAUUAUCUCAGUAAUCAAACCAGAGGGACUGUUUUUCAGAAGCUAGCUAGCCAAGUACAAACCUUAUUAAUGCUAAUUUCUCAUCAAAAAAUUAGUCGACACCUGGAUGUGUUGUCCGAGCUAUAACCCUAAACCUUUCCUUAAUUUUUAUGAACAAUUUACUGAUUGAGUAUUGCAGUAAUUUUCACAAAAUGUGGUGUAUUACAUACCCAAGCUAAAAUGAGCCCACUGUUCCCUAGUGACUCCUAACAGCACUGUGGGCCAGUCAAAGUGUGUUAAAGAGAUGAAAUAAACAACAUGGCUGUUAACAGGUCAGCAUUUAUCACUACACAUGCAGUGUUCGCUGUAUUUUUUUACUCAUUGGCAAACUUCUUUACAUAUUCAAGUAGCAAAUAACCUUCCAUUUGCCAAGUUUUAUAUUGCUUGUAUAGAAACAUACUAUGUACAUUCUUUAUGUCACAGUGGUAGAGGAGAUGUCUGGCCAUUUGAAAGUGAGAAAAAUAAAACUCAUGUCUACUUAGAUGGAUUUCAUAGAGGCCCAGCAUCUGUCCGAUGAAGACCUCUUGAUGAAAAUGUGCUUCCUACACUGCAAAACUUGGAAAUGACAUUGUAAAUAAAGCUUGUAUAAAACAGG